AAGUUUACAUUUUACUAGUGCUAAACGUAAAAGUAGAAAGCUAAUUGAUAUGACUUAUGUAUAUGAUGAAACUACGUUACGUUAUCCAAUAUACAGUAAAUUCAAAAUUGAAAAAUUAGUUAAAGGCCCCAACAAAGAGUUGGUAACAAAAUGGCUUCAAUAUGAGGAUUUCUACACCUCUACGCACACUGGUACGCACAUGGAUGCUCCGGCACAUGUUGUCAGAGGAGAAAUUACCAUUGAUGAGAUACCAGCCAGUUAUUUCUUCGGGAAAGCAGCUGUCAUAGACAUUACUCGAAAAGCAUCACUUUGUCCGGAUGCUGUAGCUACCGUUGAGGAUGUCAUGAACUGGGAACGCACUACACAAAGGAGCUUGAAUGGGACUAUAGUUUUAUUAAACUCUGGUUGGGGGCAAAGGUGGCACGACCGUGACGCUUUUUUCGGCACCCCAAGCGAUGACCCCACAAAACUGCACUUUCCAGGAUUCUCAGCUGAAGCUUGUAAGUGGUUAGCAGAGAACAGAAGCGUCAAGGGAGUAGGUGCUGACACCGCGUCCAUUGAUCCAGGUACAAGCACGCAUUUUCCAUGCCACGGUUACAUUCUAGGGCGUAGGUCUUUUAUUUUAGAAAAUGUAGCCAAUGUUGGUGAAAUUCCAAUUGCAGGUGCAAUGCUUUAUGUAUUUCCUAUGAAAAUUGGUAAAGGUAGCGGUGCACCAACUCGAAUAGUAGCAUCGGUACGUAUUUAAAAAUUGAUUAACAGGAGCACUUUCAAUCCGGAUAACUAAAAGUUUUUCAAAAAACCAGUGAAACGAAAUCUUGUAGCACAAUUAAGAAAUAUUUUUUUUUGAUGAAACUAAAUUAGUUUUCUAAUAUUUGUCAAGAAAAGAAAUAAAUUAAAUUUGCUUUCAAUUAAAAUUGUAUCGUUCUCAAUACAUUUACAAACAACGUUAGAACCAAAUAGUGUAAUUGUAUUAAAUAAUAAAAUAUGUAACAGUUUCUGUAUUAAUGAAACUAAGUAGUUAUGGAAUAUUUGUCGAAAUUGAAGUCAAAGUGCGCUCAAAUUAGAUGUUGUAAACAAACUUUUAAAUGUGAAAAGAAAAUAGAAGUUUCUUCAGAAAUCUAAGGAAUCAAAUCUGAUGAGGAGGGAAUUAAAAACAUCAAAAAAUUCCAGAAUAAACAGAAAAAGGCUGUAAGGCAAUUAUGAAAAAACAGAAAUCGAACUGUUUUUUGUAACUUUUAUUCUGCUUGCCUUUCUAAUUUUUAUUAAAUUUCGAUAAAAGUUUGUUUCCAUCU